AUGGGCGGCGAGGGCGGGCCUCGGCUUCCCGGCGGGCUGCGCGGCGGCCGGCGGUUGUCGGCGGGGCAGUCCGGCGGGCAGCGGCAGCCGUUCCGGCUGCGGCACAGCGGCGGGCGAGCGGGCUGGCUCUCCUUUCCCCCGCAGGGCAUCUUCAUUUCCCGCAUCGCAGAGGGGGGCGCUGCCCACCGGGCGGGUACUCUGCAGGUCGGCGACCGAGUCCUCUCGAUCAACGGGGUGGACAUGACCGAAGCCAGGCACGACCACGCCGUCUCCCUGCUGACCGCCGCUUCCCCCACCAUCGCCCUGCUGCUGGAGCGUGGGGCCGGAGGGCCCCUUCCCCCCAGCCCCCCGCCACCCCCCCCCACACCUCCCAGUGUGGCCAGCACCGCCGUGGCCGCUGCCACCCCUGGGGAGUCUGGGCCGCUGCGGCUGGCCCCCAGCCUACCGGCUGCCACCUUGGAGGGGCCAUACCCAGUGGAGGAGAUCUGCCUGCCGAGAGCCGGGGGCCCACUGGGGCUCAGCAUCGUCGGGGGCUCUGAUCACUCCAGCCACCCAUUUGGUAUCCAGGAGCCUGGCGUAUUCAUCUCCAAGGUGCUCCCACGGGGCCUGGCUGCACGCAGCGGCCUCCGGGUUGGGGACCGCAUCCUGGCAGUGAACGGGCAGGACAUUCGGGAGGCCACGCACCAGGAGGCGGUCAGUGCCCUGCUUCGGCCCUGCCUGGAGCUGGUCUUGCUUGUGAGGAGGGACCCGCCACCCCCGGGCAUGCGGGAACUCUGUAUCCAGAAGGCUCCCGGCGAGAAGCUGGGCAUCAGCAUCCGAGGGGGCGCCAAGGGCCAUGCGGGGAACCCCUGCGACCCCACAGACGAAGGCAUCUUCAUUUCCAAGGUGAGCCCCACGGGAGCAGCGGGGCGUGACGGCCGGCUGCGGGUGGGGCUGCGGCUGCUGGAGGUGAACCAGCAGAGCUUGCUGGGCCUGACACACGGCGAGGCCGUGCGGCUGCUGCGCGGCGUGGGCGACACCCUCACCGUGCUCGUCUGUGACGGCUUCGACACCGACGCUGCCGCCCCUGCCGAGGUGUCCCCGGGUGUCAUUGCCAACCCCUUCGCGGCAGGAAUUGGCCGCCGGAACAGCCUGGAGAGCAUCUCCUCCGUCGACCGGGAGCUGAGCCCCGAGGGCUCUGGCAAGGAGAAGGAGCUACCAGGACAGACCCCACAGUGGGGACUGGAAGCUGUGGGUCGGGGCCCGGAGGGCCUGAAGCUGGACCACCGCACCCUGGCCGCCACGCCCGGCGCUGGCAGCACGCAGAGGGUCCUGUCUGGAACAGCCGGAGGGAAGAUGGCCGAGGCUCCCUGCUCCCCCUCCCCUAGCUGCCAGCAGCUCCCCUCCCCACCCUCCCCCGACGCACUGCCCACCAACGUGAAGCAGGCCUACAGGACCUUUGCCGCCGUGCCCGGCCCACACCCGCCGGACACCCCCGCCCAGGCCCCCACACCUGGGCCCGCGGCCUCCCCGGAGCAGCUCUCCUUCCGCGAGCGGCAAAAGUACUUUGAACUGGAGGUGCGGCUGCCCCAAGCCGAGGGCCCCCCCAAGCGCGUGUCCCUGGUGGGUGCCGACGAUCUGCGCAAGAUGCAGGAGGAGGAAGCCCGGAAGCUGCAGCAGAAGAGGGCGCAGAUGAUGCGGGAGGCAGAGGGCACCGGGCCCCCCCUGGACCUGGAUGGGGAACCCCCCGAUGAGCCAGAGGAGCUGCCUCCCCCGACCGGCCCCACCACAGGGCUCGGACCCUCGUCCCCCCUGCCUCCGGGAGGCAGCGCCCCGGUGCGCACAGCCAAAGCGGAACGGCGCCAUCAGGAGCGACUCCGUGUCCAGAGCCCCGAGUUGCCUGCGCCCGAUCGGGCUCUGUCCCCUGCCGAGCGCCGUGCCCUGGAGGCCGAGAAGCGCGCAUUGUGGCGGGCGGCCAGGAUGAAGUCCCUGGAACAGGACGCCCUCCGUGCACAGAUGGUCCUCAGCAAGUCCCAGGAGGGCCGAGGCAGGCGCGGGCCCCUGGAGCGGCUGGCGGAGGCCCCCUCACCGGCGCCCACCCCGUCACCCACCCCGUUGGAAGACCUCGGCCCCCAGACCAGCACCUCUCCUGGACGCCUGGCCUUGUCUGGGAGGAAGUUUGACUACAGGGUGUUUGCAGCCCUCCCUUCUUCCAGACCUGUCUAUGACCUGCAGUCCCCAGAUUUUGCUGAGGAGCUGAGGUCCUUGGAACCGUCUCCUGGCCCUGGCCUGCAGGAGGAGGACGGAGAGGUGGCCGUGGUGCUCCUGGGCAGGCCCUCGCCUGGCCCCGAGGAGGUGACGCUGUGCAGCAGCCGCCGCCCGAUCCGGCCAGGGCGCCGCGGCCUGGGCCCAGUGCCCUCCUAGAGGUCCUGGGUACCUCCCCUGACUCGGGUGGGGGCCCUGCCCGCAGCACCACCGCCCCUGCCCCGAGUCUUUUAACCUGGGUGUUAGCAUUUUAAAGAGGCCCCUCCCCAGUUGGGACCUGUUGGCAAGACUGUAACUAGUGACGUUUGUACAACCAAAGACUCUAUUUUGUGGUUUAAGAAGAAUAAAGUUGACUACGUUUUA